AUGCCAAUGUUUAAUUAUCCAGAAUUUUUGAGAGAUUUGGUUGUUGAUUCAAAGUUCGAUCAUUAUGUUCGUUCUACCGUUGGUUAUCAAGAGCAAUUAAAAAAAGAUAUAUUAUUCUCAGAACUGGCAAGAUUAUUAUGUAGAAGGUCAAUCAAAUUACGAUCAUUAUCAAUUUCACCAUGUAAUAUGUUAAGUCACUUUGUAACUUUGUUGACACGUAAUGAUAAUUUAAGUCAAAUUAAAAAAUUUACGUUCGAUGGAGAUUUUAUAUAUACCACUCCCUUAUAUAAGGAUUGUGAAUUAAUAUAUGCCUUAUCACAAGUAUCACAAGACAUCACGCAUGUACGAAUUACAAAUAUUUAUAAAAGAUCAUUAGGAGAUUCUUUAGUAACUCUCUUAAAUUCACAAAAAAAUUUACGUUUAUUGGACUUGAACUGUCCUGUAAUACAAAACGUAAAAUAUUUCGAAUCCAUCUUUUCAAAAUUGAAAUCACCUCAAUCAAUAUUUAGUUUAUCGUUUGAAAAUAUUGAUUUUAGUUGCUCAGCCAAACGAUCAAUCAAUACACUAGAGAAAUCACGAAAUUUAAAGAAACUUAAAAUGAUAGAAUGUGUGAAUUGUACAUUACUGUAUGAAGUAAUGAGAUCAUGGGAGAAUUUAGUAGAAUUCACUUAUCACGCUCAUAAAUUUAAUGAUAAUUUAGAAUUUUUAUUAACCAUGAUGAGAUUGUCUUCGAAUUCUCUUAGGUAUUUGGAUAUUUUUUGGAUCAGAGAGGAUGGGAAUUUCUUAAAAGAAAAAUCUAGAAUAAUUAAUUGCAUUACUCAGUAUUGUGCUCAACUCACUUCGCUUAAAUUACGUAGUUUACAUUGUGAAGAUUUAUUUACUCUUUGGCAUAGUUGUAAGCAGUUGGAAGCAUUUAGUUUUAUUUGUUGUGAAGAUAGUGGUUGGAACGAUUGUUUAGAAGAAUUAGGAAAAUAUUUACCCCAUUCUAUCAAAAUAUUGAAAAUUGGGAAUUGGAAUGGUUUACCUUUUAACUCUGUAGCUUUGGGGUGUUUUUUGAGAGGUUGUAAAAAUAGUUUGAAUAAAUUGGAACUUUGUAGUAUUAGAAAAUUAAGUGAAAACUCCGAAUAUAUAAAUGUAUUAAACAGUAGUGGUGUUCAUUACGAAUUCUUAAAUGUCGUUUAA